AUGUCUACCUCCGUUGCUCUCCAGAAUAUGAGCAUCUCAAAUGCAGACGUUAACACCCUGCGCCGCCGAAAAUCCUCCCGAACACAUAUUGAGUCCCACUCGUCUUCUGAAGUUGACGACCCAUGGCUGGGCACUCCUCAUGAUGUGGGAUCUUCCGGUCUGCCACUUGACUCUCGCUCCUUCAAUCCUACGGCAGUGUAUUGGAUCGCUCCUCAUGGCUUGCUCAGCAAGAAAAUUACGAUCAUUGACUUGACCAAGGACAUGGACAUGCCAUAUUCAGGCUUGACAGUUGAAUACAAAGCCGCGAUCAAAAAGACUCUGAAGGAUCAUUCCUUCGCGCCGGUACUUACCUGCCACCGUCGUACCUGGCUCGGUCUCAAGUACGAAAUUACCGACGACCAGAACGCUCAUGUUGCACAUUGGUCGCAUCCUUGGUCGUCGGUGGGCGAAGCAGUCCUCACAUUUCCGGACGACUCACCUCAUUCAUUGCAUCCUAUCAGUUUGAGCAACACGCGCUGGGGACUGCGAACCGAGUCAUUUGUUCACAAUUCGCAGCCAUACAUUUGGCAAAUGGACAGCUUAUGGCACUCCAUGAACAUGACGCUGUAUCGCGUGACAGGGAGUGGUGAGCAGCAGAAGAAGGUUGAGGUGGGCAAGUAUGCACAGAAGUGGUGGGGUAGUUUUGUCACUGGUGGCACAUUGGUGGUAGACGGCAGCAAGAUUGACGGUGUUGUUGCUUGUUUGACGCUCGUCGUAAUGUUGAAGAAGAAGCGACAGAGGGCUGCGGAGAGACAUGAGGUGUGA